CUGCUCUUCUUUUCUUCUCUCCUGCACCCGAAAGUCCCCCAAGCUCGACAGCCCUCCCAUGAAGAAAAAAACCGGUAGAAAGCUUGGAUUUUCUCUUUAUUUUCUUGUCCAAAAACCAGAUUUGAGCUUAGAAAUUCUUCCCCCCUGCUGGAAAAUCCGGAUCUGCUUUGCUCUGUCCGCAGGCUGCUCUUGUUGUGGGGGCAAAAUUCUUCAAAUUCUGGUAAGAAACAGCCAUGAAUCUCGCUUCUCCAGCUUUAAUUGCCUUGGUUUUACUCUAAUUUUGUGUUGUUCCUUCAAUUUUUGGGUGGAUUGCCCGUGAGCUUCUUCUCCAAAUUCCCGCCGGCAACUUCCCCAACUGCAGCUCCGGUUUUAGCUGAAGAAUUCUGGUUCUUGAUCCUUGGGGUACUUUAGUACGUGAAUUGAGUGCUCGGUUUUAUGCGAUUUGAGGAAGCAAAACCGAGGACAGGGAAACCACGAGAAGUGACGAGUAAGAAGGCUAGCCAUUUCGAGAUUGAUAUAGAUUUUAGAAUAAAUUGUGAUCUUGUAAACUAGAGUGUAUUUGAAGAUUUUAUGAUAUCAAAGCAGAUUUUAAAAUUUGAUCUUCAGACUUUGAUGGUAUCAGAUUGUGAUUUGAUUAAGUCCCACAAAUGCACGGCGUUUACCACGUCCUCGGAUUUGGGUUCUGGGGCGUGACAUUAUUAUUAAUGAAAAAUAUAUGAAUAAUCAUCUUAAUUUUUU